GUGCAAACAUGGCGGACGAUGGAGAGACGCUGGAGUCCUGGCUCAACAAAGCCACCAACCCCUCCAACAGACAGGAAGACUGGGAGUAUAUAAUGGGAUUCUGUGACCAAAUCAAUAAGGAGCUAGAAGGCCCACAAAUAUCAGUUAGACUGCUGGCUCACAAGAUUCAGUCCCCUCAGGAAUGGGAGGCAUUACAAGCCUUAAUGGUUCUCGAGGCUUGUAUGAAGAACUGCGGACGACGGUUUCACAAUGAAGUUGGCAAAUUUAGGUUUUUAAAUGAAUUAAUUAAGGUGGUUUCACCUAAAUAUCUGGGAGACAAAGUAUCAGAGAAGGUGAAGACUAAAGUGAUCGAGAUGCUGUACAGCUGGACUGUUUCCCUGCCAGAUGAAGCAAAAAUCUAUGAAGCGUAUGACAUGCUGAAGUCACAGGGCAUUGUUGUAGUUGACCCUGAAAUCCCUCUCGAUGCUACAUUAAUACCGUCGCCUUCUCCGCGACCCAAGAAUCCUGUGUUUGAUGACGAGAAAAAGAGCAAGAGACUGGCAGAGCUGCUGAAAAGUAAAAAGCCUGAAGAUCUGCAAGAGGCCAAUCGGCUCAUCAAGAACAUGGUCAAGGAGGACGAGGUGAGAACACAGAAAGCUACAAAACAAAAAAGCACACUGGAGGCAGUCAACAACAGCGUGAAACUCCUUAACGAGAUGCUCGCUCACUUCAGCACGGAAGACUCCUCUGACGGAGACAAGGAGCUCAUUAGGGAGCUGUAUGGAGACUGUGACAAGCUCAGGCAAACGGUGUUCCAGCUCGCCACAGAGACAGAGGAUAAUGACAGUAGCUUGGGAGACAUCCUGCAGGCCAGUGAUGACCUCUCCCAUGUCAUUAAUUCCUAUAAGAAGAUUGUGGAAGGACAGAUCGUUAAUGGAGAGACUAAAGAAGUUCAACAAACACAAUCAUCAGUCAGACAAGGCCGCACAAACCAGUCAGAGAUUCUGAUUGACCUGAUGGGUCUGGACACCCAGAGUGUCUCUCCACCAGAGAAGCAACCCCCGACAUCGUCUCUGUCUAUUCCCUCUGACCUGUUGUGUGAGUCUGCUGCUCCUGACUCUCAGUCCCCCAGUCCCAAUGCACCCUCUGCAGCACUCUCACUGCUGGAUGAAGAGCUAUUAUCUUUAGGCCUUAGUGAACCCACUCCUGUUCCAAACAAAUCGACACAUGUAAACCUGAGCAAUCAUUUGCCAUCUUUACAGGAUUCCAGUCAAGAUUUGGGUUUCUUUGACACCACUUCAUCUUCAGUUCCUGCAUUUUCCACAUCUUCACUUGUUCCAGAUGCCCUUUCUGUGACAGGUGCCCCAGUUAGCCCAGCCACGUCCUCUUCAGCUGCCUCUGCCUCAAGCUUCCCCGGCCCUGUCUUCUCCUCCCCUCCAGUUUCUACAGUAUCUGUCUCAACAACAUCAGUCAUGUUCCCGCAGCCCCUCAGCUCAGUAUUGACCACCAUCGCCCCAGCCGCUCUUCCUCCAUCAUUCAGUGUGGCCUCGCCUGCUAUCUCAGCCACCCCUGUCAUUCCAAAACAAGUCUCCACUUCAUCUGAAGCAUCCCACAUGACUUCAACAUCUGUCAGUAACAAUCUGCAAGACCUUACCUUGCUGGAUCUCAGCAGUCCUAAAACUGCAGCUGGUGGGAUGGACUUCAGCAGCUUUCUGGUGAAGAAUGAGGAUCUGUUAGCUCCUGCUGCCCUGUCUGCCGGUCUCGGUGUCACCACCACCACAUCCACCUCACUGCUCCUGGGAGGUUUGCAAGGAGGGUCCACUCCCUCACCUGCCAAGAGUCAGGCGGAUGACAGCCCUCUGUUACGCUCUCUGUCCCCCAUCCUCCCUCUGAGCCAGGCCAGUCCAAGCAAGGGUCAGGAGUUGUCCCUAGCCAAUGUCUUUAUCCCUUUGGACGCCAUCAAGCCAAGUAAAGUAUGUCCUGUGACAGCAUACGACAAGAAUGGGGUCCGCGUUCUGCUGCAUUUUGCCACAGACUGUCCGGCAGGCAGACCUGAUGUACUUGUGAUGGUGGCGUCCAUGCUUAAUACAGCCCCGCUGCCUGUGAGGAACAUUGCUCUGCAGGCUGCUGUGCCCAAGACGAUGAAAGUGAGACUGCAGGCACCCUCGGGCACAGAGCUGGCUCCUUUUAACCCAAUCCUUCCCCCCGCUGCCAUCACUCAGGUCAUGCUGCUUGCCAAUCCUCUCAAGGAAAAGGUUCGGAUGAGAUACAAACUGACAUUCACUCUCGGAGAGCAGCCGCACGAAGAAGUCGGGGAGGUGAAUGAGUUUCCACCUGCGGACAGAUGGGGGGCUCUAUAGCCCUGCUCUCUGACACUACAAGACUCCUUAAACAGCUCAGUUUGUCAGUGCAGCUCUGCGGUCAAGUGAAGAGCAGUAUUGGUAAACUCUAGGGAAACUCUGAAGAAUAUAAUAUAAACUUUGAUGGAUCUUGAAGGAGUUUUUCUGCUUGAGAUUGCCCGCUGAAGUAGCCAGAGUCCUGUAGCGUUCAUCCAACUUUAACUUUACUGCAGUGCCAGAGGUAGUCAGUGCGGUGCAGUAACAAAUUGUGUGAAGUGGCUGAAUGUGGAUAAUGGUUUGGUUUUGUUGGGAAAUCAUUUUGUAAUGUUAAAUACUGCUAAGUUAUUGUCAGGUUUUUGAUAUUAUUAUACUGUCCCCCAAGAGAAUAUGAAGCCGGGGUCAUAUAAACAUGUGAGCACAUCCUGCAUUUCACAUGAUUUUCUGCCAACUUUAUAGAAUAACGUUCAUAAAAACACUUCAAACAUUGGAUUAGAGCAGACAGGAGCCCCUCUGUUGCUUAAUGAAAGGCACGCACACUUUGUCUAUAGAAGUAAAUAAGAGAAAUAUGAAUUUGAAUUUUCACAGCCACUGAAUACUCAAUAUUGAAACUUAAGCUCUGCUGAAUUCAUAGCUUUGA